AUUUAUCAGGUAUUGGCUAUUACAGAGAAAAUGAAUCUAGUGUUGCGGAAGUUGAUGGUAUAUUGCCAGAAGAUUGUCCAUUCUGCAAACGUCCGUCAGUCUUUACCGAAAUAUUUAUCGAGUGCCGGAAAGCCCCAGAGCGAAUCAGCAAAAUAUCACCCUAAACCGCGUUCUUUUUGCACGUUUAGCCGUACGGUAAUUCACGCUUCACCGAAAUUUUCUCCGCAUGAUGCAAAACGUUCGCACGCAUGCAAGAUUCCAGCACGACGUUUUGCCGUGGAUGCCCCAGUUGAAGCGGAAAAUCGCAGAGCCCAUUUCAUGCGACUUGGAUCUCGAUCAUUGCUUCUCGUAUCAGGGAAAGAUUCGGCCGCCUAUCUACAGGGACUGAUUACGAACGAUAUUCACCUGCUGGAUGCCAGUGAUGAAGGCGGACCGCAGAGUAUUUACGCCAUGUUGCUCAACACGCAGGGACGCGUGGUGUAUGAUGUGAUCAUUUGCAAAUUUGACAGCGACGCCUAUUUAAUCGAGCACGACACGGCAUUGCAACAGAAUUUGCUGCGCCAUCUGAAGAUGUAUAAAUUACGCAAAGACGUGAAUGUAGAUGCAGGUGUCAAGUUUGAUGUUUACGUAUGUUUAGAGGAUGACGCAAUCGAUGCGGAAACCAUGUCGAAAAUUAGCCACGAAAUAAUACAUUUUCCGGAUCCGCGGUUGAACAUUUUAGGCCGGCGUUUCUAUGUCCGCAAUUCUUCUAGCGAAAACUGGGCCGAGAGUCGCAAGAAUUUUAUUACAACGGAUGAAGGACGGUACAGGAAAUUUCGCUAUAUAAAUGGAAUUGCAGAGGGGAAAACGGAUCUCCCUCCGGGCGAAUGCUUCCCGUUGGAAUCCAACCUGGAUUACUUGUCCGGCGUGCACUUUCAUAAGGGUUGCUAUUUGGGGCAAGAAUUAACCGCUCGCACUCAGCACACCGGUGUGGUCCGGAAACGUAUCAUGCCGAUCGUUAUUGACGGUGUGGAAGAAAAUCAGAGCGAUGUGCUGGCACCCGGGAGUGGAAUUGCGACGGAACACAACGGAAAAGUGGUUUCUGUGGGGAAAUUACGGGCACAUAUUGGUUCUGAUGGAUUGGCUGUGCUGCGGAUCAGUGAAGCACUGGCGGCACAUAAACUGGAUAUGACCUGUGACGGCCAGGUACACGAAGUUAGAGCCCUUAAACCGGACUGGUGGCCGGAGCCUGAUUAAUUAACUGUGUAAUUGCUAAUUGUUUCUGAUUGGAAUUGACCUUUUGGCUCUUGCGUUUGUUUACUAUAGUUUUUAAAUGUUUUGUGUUUGUUAAACUCAUGGCUUUUAGCCUGUUGUAACUUAUUAAAGCCGAACGAAGUUGCAAAAAGGAUUGGUCAAGUUGGGUUUUUAGGUAUAGCUGACACCCGAUAGCGUUAAACUCGUAUAACUGACAGGUGAAAGUUGGAGCUAAGAA